UCCCAAACGCAAUGGACACCUUCACAUCUAAGUUUAGUUUCGUUGAGAUAUUUUUAUUUCUGCGCGGUAAAGAAGAAAAAAUGAUAGCGUUUACCAAAUGGGUAUUACUAGUGCUUGUGGGUGUGCAGAUGUCCCUGGGUCAAGAUCUCACCGACUAUGACCUGGGUUUCGAUAAUCCGUUGUUUAAUAUUUGGAAUGGAAACAGAAAUACCAUUGUUCCGGAUACCCGAAGACCUUGUACAGUUACUGGGGCCUCAGCUGGGAACCGUGAUGGUACCUGUUUGAAUCCAGCGGCUUGUCGCUUCCAACGUGGAAGGGCAGAAGGUCGUGGUACCUGCAGUAUAUGGAAUACCUGUUGUGUUUUUGAAAAAGCAGCCAAUCAAACAACCGACGCUCGAGUGACUUACUUCGUAUCAACACCGGGAUCUCGAGACUUGCCCCAGGCGCAGAAAAUGUACGUCCGCUUGGCCAAUAGGAAUGUCUGUCAAAUGCGGGUGGAUAUCAUCAGCAUGAAUCUAGCUUUACCAGAUCUAGACGCGGCGGGUACUGCGCAAACAUGCACCAAGGACUAUCUAAGAGUAGAUCCCAACCCUGUAUCCAACCCAAUCCCACUUAUUUGUGGACUGAACGCAAACACGCAUUUUUAUGUGCAUCUGGAUAGAACCCAUAUUUCCAACAAUGGAAUUAUCCUCUCGGUGAAUCUGAACACAGAAGAGACAACCGAACCCAGUUGGAACAUCAAAGUGACCCAGUUGGAGUGCCCCGGCACCAAGAACCUCUUGCAACACCACAAAGACAAUCGUAAUCAAGCUGUGAGUGACUUCAGCUUGUUAGCUCCUGCCAGAUGUCUGCAGUACUUUACCGAACCAAGUGGCAGGUUCUUCAAUUUUGGUUACACGGCAGAUACUACCACAACAAUGACGACCAAUCAAAAUUACGCGGUGUGUUUCAAGGCCAUUGACGGCUCUUGCGGUGUCAGUUUGACGCCAAGUUUUUUGAACCUGCGACCGACCACAGAUGCUACCUGUAUUGCUGAAGCCAUCAUCAUUCCGGAAGGUACCGCCAAAGCCAGAAUCUGUGGAACAGUUGAUGCUGGUACCACGUUCAUAUCUAAACACCCAGGACCACUUUACGUCCAUGUCUAUUCUGAGUCUGUUGUGGCUGCAAUCACCGCUACAACGCCAUAUGGUUUCAACAUUGAGUACAGCAAUAGCGUGGCAUGUCCUUAAAUGAUUUUUCGUCCCCGCCGAUAUUUAUUUCCACUAUUUAUUUAUUCGUGUCAAAAAUUAAAACAAUAAACGUGAAAACAAAGA